AUGUUUUUCAAAAUCACUCUUUUAUCGCUACUGUGUAGCUUGACUUUCACAUACGCAGGCGAUUUCUGGACGGUGAAUUGUGGAACCCUUUCUACCCAACGAUCAGAUCCUAUCAUCAGUCCUGGAGUGCCAUCCGGUCAUGUCCACGCAAUUUCGGGGGGCACUGCGUUCAACAGGACUAUGCUUGGUAUCGAUGCUGCUGUUGAUGCGAAGGCUACCACUUGUGACAAGUACACUGAUCAUAGCAACUACUGGGCACCACAGUUAUACAACAUGAAGAAUGGCAUGUUUCAAAUGGUUCCAUACACUGGCGCGAACAUGUACUACAAAAGAUACACAUGCAGUUACCAAGCAGGAGUCCGGUAUUGCCCAUCCCCAACAGAUGCCAAGCCCUUUCCUCCAGGUCUUCGAAUGGUAGCUGGGGAUCCCACUCGAAGCAGAACUCAAAAUAUGUCCGAUCAGACAAACCAAGCUAUUCUGUAUGAGACGGGAAAUAAUGGCGAGGUGUAUGGGUUCCCAAAAACCUUGGUAGGAGACUUGACGCUGCAUGUUCACUUCCCUUCAUGUUGGGACGGAGUCAACGUGGAUAGUCCUGAUCACAAAAGUCAUAUGUCUUAUCCCGAUCCCUCCAAGGGCGAUACACAAGGCGGCAUGUGUCCCUCCUCCCAUCCUGUUGCUCUUAUUCACAUCGGCGCCGAAUUCGGGUUUGAUACCGGCAGUCUCGGUAUCGUCGAUUCUUCUACGGUCGUUUGGUCUAUGGGUGACACGACCGGUUUUGGCGGACAUGGAGAUUUUAUUCAAGGAUGGGAGGACCUUGAUGCUUUAGGGGAGUCGUUCGACAAUUGUAACGGCAUCGGUACAGCUUGUGCUUGGAAUUCUUUCGGUACUCCGAACGGAGAAAUGGGAACGAAGAACAAUUUGAGUCCUGAGAUCAUGCCGCCUUAUGAGAAUAUUGGGCUCCAAGGUCCAAUAAGCGCGCUGCCGGGUGGCAAUACGGUGUAUAGUGGGGGUGCUGGUGGGGGAACUCAGACCAGUUCUGCAACUUCGUCUGUGCCAACGACAAUGGCGACUGUAACUCGGGGAAGCAGUUCCAUGUCUAGGACCUCAAAGAUCACUACUACGGCCACUGGAGUUUCUACUACUCCUGGAAUGAUCAAAGGAAGCAGUUCAAUGUCUAUUGCUACCACAAUUUCUAUGCAACUUCCACCCACCACAACGAGCUCCUCGUCGCCAGCAAGCACCAGCGAAGCUAGCUCUGGGGAUGAUGGGGAUGAUGGGGAUGAUGGGGAUGAUGGGGAUGACGGUGACGAUGGAGACGAUGGAGAUGACUCUGGAAAUGACGAUGAUGGAGACGGUCACGAUGCUUGCGAGCUGUGA